UUUGUUACUCAGUAACACCCGUGUCGUUCUCACCAUGGCGUAAGGGGUGUAAACAAAUGCGAUGGAAAGCGCGUCCUCCGUGUGGAAAAUACAUCUGCGAUAGACAUGAUUUAUGCCAAGUGCGUUUAUUUUGUAUAUAUGAACAUAGCGUGAUUGGAGAAAGAGCUUUAGUGAUGCUAACAGGACGAAGAUCGUCGGUUUUCUGUAGCAUGAAGCGGAUCAAAGCUGCACUUCUAAACCGCUUUCUCAUACACUGUUUAUCCUGUUAGUUGGCAGCUGUUUUGAGUCGAAAUUAUGUUGACUGGGUCUAAAACCUCCUUUAAAGUCAGGCAGCUUGUGCCAGACAUGAAGGAGAGGAUGUUGAGUCACAGUAGUUUUCACACGCGGGGGAGAGAUGUCCUUGGCCUCUGCUGUUUGCCAGGUGAGUGUGUGCUGCAGAGAGCCGUGCUGGUGAGGAAAAAGCUGUCGGUUAAAGAAGGAGGUGGAUGGUUGUCUGGGACUUUGUUUUGCACUCACUUCAGAGUGGCGUUUGUGCCUCAGGACAGCCAGAGACCUGAUGAUAAUGCAGAUCCCGUGCUGCUCGGAGACCACGAUGUAGCUCUUGCUUCUAUAGACAAAGUCGUGGCAGUUGGACCAUCUCGCACCAAACUGGUGACCCCAAACGGCUCUCUGAAGUUCACCCCAGAGGAACUGGUGCUGUACUGUCGGGACCUGCGUGUCUUCUGUUUCCUGUUUGACAGACUCACACCUGAUGCCCAAGCGAUGGAGAUCACAUACACCAUUGCUAAAACCUACCAACCACUGAAACCUGGGACUCUCCUCUCCUUCCAGAAUUCCGCUUUGGGUAGUGUUGAGAUGAAGCAGUUUCUAAGCAACCGGCGACGUGACCCGAACAUGAACUGGUUCGAGUGUUCGGCGGACUGGGAGCAGGAACUGGAAAGGGCAGGUGCCACGGGCUGGAGGGUCAGCUCUGUCAAUGACCGCUUUGAGAUGUCCACCAGCCUCAACAGAUUCACUGUGGUUCCCCAUCGGGUCUUAGACACAGAGCUGAAGAAAACAUUCGCCCACUUUAAUGAUGGACGAAUCCCACGAUGGUGCUGGCGACAUCCACGGGGCAGCGAUUUAUUAAGAAUGGCCAGCUUCCAAAAUAACAUCUACCAUGAGAAGGAUGACAUCAGGAAUCUGGAGCUGGUGCUGUUUGGCGGUCAGCAGAUGUGUGUGAUCGUGGACCUCGGGGAGGAAAUGCCAUCACCCACAGACAUCCAGGUGGCUCACACGAGACUUCGGACGCUUUGUCUGGGAGAUAUUUCAUCGUCUGUAUCAGUGCCAGAUGACAAGUGGCUCUCUACACUUGAGAGCACACGCUGGCUCGACUAUAUCAGGUGCUGUCUGAGAAAAGCAGCAGAGGUCGCUUGUUUGCUCAGAGGAGGUCACAUGACUGUUGUUCUCCAAGAGUCGGAGGAUCGGGACAUGAACUGUGUGGUCUCUAGUCUGGUGCAGGUGAUGUGUGAUCCUCACUGCAGGACUGUAGCUGGAUUUCAGAGUCUGGUGCAGAAGGAAUGGAUAACAGCCGGACACAAAUUCCUCAGCCGCAUCAACUACCACAGGGACUGUGAUAAAGAAGAGGCGCCUGUGUUUCUGCUCUUCCUUGACUGUGUGUGGCAGCUGUGGUCUCAAUAUCCCGCACGCUUCCAUCUUACAGAAGAUUACCUGCUGGCUCUGCAUGACAGUGUGCAGCUGCCGCUCUUCAGUAGCUUCCUGGCCAACUCUCAGAGAGAAAGAUGUCGCCGCUCGCAGCAUCUGCCCCAGAGCUACACGCCUGUUAAUGGGCUGAGGGAGCUGCCCAUGGUUGAACCGGAGGAACCGGUGGACCCCCCUUUCCCUCCGGUGUGGGACUGGGCCCUGCAGUACAGCAGCUCGAGGCGAGCCCGCUUCACACAACCUGUGUCACAGGCAGCCUGUAUUCCACCCGUCCUCAACGGAAACCUCAAUACAAACCUGGAGCGCAGCUGGCACAGUGAUGGACUGCCAGGUUCGGUGUUCCUGUUGUCUCGUAGCUCAUUCUCCAAUCCCUCAAACCUGCUGCCAUGGCGGAGCGGGAACUCCGGCUCUUACUGGAAGAGUCACCGCAGGGCUCCUUCCUCCGAGGGUUUGUCCGGGCUUGAGCGGCUCAUCAGAGCCUGUUCACUCUCUGAUCCCUCAGAAAACACCACCACCCUACACGACCCCUUCGAGCCCAUACUGCUGCCCCUCCUUGUAGGGCCCUGUGUCAGAGUAUGGAAGGGAUGCUAUUUACGGGGUGCGCUACACCCCCAGGCCUUUUCGCACCCCAUGUCUUCCUGCAGCCAGCAUCCUUUAGAUCAGCUGGCCUUUGAAGUACAGGAGCUCGGAGAGAAACUCGCUCAGGCUUCUGUCAGACACCCUGAACACCAGACCAGACAACAGGAGCCACGUCGGCUGGAGUCCAACCUCAACCAGAACGCCAACAAUGGGACCUUCCUCUUCUCCUCUAGAUCCUCUCAACAUCAGCCACCGGCCAGCAGAGCGACAACCCGACCCACAAACCCUUCCAGAGCCCCAUGGACCACCUCCGAGCCGCCCAGGUCUGCACAGAGGAUUAGUGGCAAGCACACGUUUCUGUUCGGCCACCAACAAGAGUCACAAUCAGUCCAGCGUUACAUUCCCUCUCCUAGUGCCAAAUAUCCCAAACACCAAAGUAACACAAACUGAUCUGUUGGCAGGAGAAGCGAGGUUCUCUAGUGUUUGAAUUACUGGAGCGAUGCAGUAGGCAAAUGCUUAAAAUACGGUACAAAUCAGAAACUUCAUCAGAAACAUUUCUAUGCAUACAUGUGGAUUUAAAAAGACAAUGCACUUCAUGGGGCUUCUUCUGUGUGAGCAGCUAUAUUAUAUUGAAUGAAAAAUAGCUUGGCAAAAUAAGUCAUCUGAAGAAAUUCUUCCUUUUUUCUCCCGCCACAAAUCUGGACAGUGAGUAUUAAGAUUAGAUGGUGAUAGCAGUGACAAUAGAAAAAAUUGUGUCUGCAUGUUUAAUGUUACAUGUCUAAAGUUCAUGCCAAAAAUCGGUACCUUUGCUGUAGUUUAGUGUUUUUUAUGGUAUGGUAGGCUUGUAAAAUGUAAAUUAGGCAAGAAAAUGUCUGCUGUAAUUAUUCUAAUGUAGCAGGUUUUGCAGUUUCUUGUACGGCCACUAGAUGGAGACAAAACGGUCAAAGAAAGUUCAGCUUGUCUCUCUUUAUUCACAACAGUGGUACCAUGAUGUCCAGUAAAUUAUGCAUUUUUGUAUUCUGUUAGUAUUAAAACUAAAAAAGGAAAGAAUUGAAGGAAACUAGAUGCAAUAUAGUUGACAUUACAAGCAUUAUUAUACUCUGCCGUUUUAGGGCAUAUUUAAGUGUUAUUUCAUCAUGAAUUUGUGAUGUAUUUUUUAUAACUUCAUGAUGACAAGGAACUACAGAAAAUGUGUAAGUUGUGAAGAAAAAGUGAGCAGAAGAACUUCAUUCUAAUGUUUAAAGACAUUUUAAUAUGUAUUUUUACCUGCAUCCCAUCACCAUUCCAGGAACUCUUUCAACAUGAGUUUUUUCUUCUCCCGUCAUUAUCUUUGUCUUAUUUGCACGGUUUUGUUUGUAAAAAGGUAUGGAUUGACAAAGAUCCUCAGACUCUGAGAAUGUCAAGCAAUGGAAAGGGUGCUAGUGACGUACAUACAAUAUUUGUGUUUAAAUUUCAUCUUGAAAUAUUCAGUCACAUGUCAGUAUAAAUCUGUUUGGUUUUGUUUCUUGAAUAUCAAAUAUAAUACGGCACAAGGAUUGCUUUGAUUUUGGGCAAUGACCAAUACUCGCCUUAAAUCGAUUUGCAAAGUUGUUUUGAAAUUUCCAGCCUUUAAUCUGCCACAGGGACAAAUCUUUUCUUAUAUAACAACCUUUAUUGGCACAUUUUAGAUAAAUAAGUACAUCUUAUAGUUCCUAAAUAAAUUUCUCAAUUUCCUUA